UAUUAAAAAAUUACCAAAAAUAAAAUAUGGCUAACUGCUUGCUUAGAAUAGGAAUACUUAUCAUCUUGGUUAGUCAAGUGUUUCUUGGGUAUAACAGAGUGCUCAAAACUGAUGAAUUUAAUGCAAAAUUCAUAGAGAAAUCUGCCGAGUACCAAUCAGAGAAUAUAGUUCAUAGUAUAGUUUUUGGAGAUAGGGUGAUUGAUGAAAAAGUAUGCGAAGAAGUCUAUUAUCUUGACAUCUUUUAUGAAUUUGUAAUCCCAGUUCUGAUGCUUCUAACUGGAUGGAGAAUUUGGACAGCCUUUAUUCUGCUUCAUUUGGUUGGAUUACCAGCAUUCCUUUAUAAUAUUUCAGGGCAUACCAGAGGAGAAUUUGAAGAAACUAUGAGAAUAAUGAUUUUCAUCCAAAUCCUAGCAGUCCUCUUCUACACAGUAACCAUCAGAUCUCCCAAGAAGGGUCCAAUCGCGCCUCAUCCAUAG